AUGAUGCUAAAAGGGAAAAGGCAACAGGCAGCACCGCGUGACGAAGUUACGCAGUAUCUUGAUAGCGAUAUAGCUGAAGUUGCUCCUCUAGCAUUUUGGAGAGAGAAUCAGUACCGAUUUCCAGCACUUGCAAAUCUCGCUCGGGAUGUCCUUUCAGUUCCAGCAUCUGGUGCUGGCGUUGAACGACUAUUUAAUACUGCUCGUGAUAUUUGCCACUACCGCAGAGGGAGACUAAAUGCCACAACUAUUCAAGAAUUGAUGAUGUUCCUUUGCACUUCAAGGUUUGAUAUGCAAGAAGAGCAGUUUAAGUUCUUGAAGGAGUUUUACUCUUCUGAUGAGAUUGAAGCAGCAAAUGAAGAGAGAGAGAUGAUCCACCAGAUCAGUUUCAUCUUGAUCCAAUCAGUGACGAUGAGGAAGAGCAUACACAAGGGCAAGAGGAGGCUCAAAGGUCUAAAUCACCUGAAGACCAUGAUAAGCUUGAUUUGCCUAUGAUAGAAGGGGUAGAUACUCAAAUACGCACAUCAGGGAGAGUGCGUAAGCGUGUUAGACGUG